AUGAUACAACAUAAGUAUUCUUUAGUAGCAUAUAAACCCAAACUGCUUCUUCACAAGUUCAGAUAUUCGUGGGAAUUCACAGCAUUUGCAUUUCAGUUUAACCAGAAGGAUAUUGAAGUAUUAAAGCACAUGAAAGGAUUUUUUGAAAGGCUUAGAUUUUGUAAAUGCUUUGCUAUGAAAAGAAGAGAAAAUCGAGGAAAAAAUGAACUUAAGGGUGUAGAGUUCACUGGAUGUGAAUAA